CCGAAAGCGAAAGUAUGCGGCUCUGCAGCGCCGUUCCCGACUCAUCACCUCGCUGCACGAACAGGGCCGUCCCGUCUUUUCCCUUCUGCAGCGAACAUGCCGCGGAGCAUCAUGUCCUUGAGGAGCGGAUCAGGAUGGCUGCGCGCGAGGUCGAGCGACUGAAACCUAUUGCAGAAGACAUGGUCGCAGAAGGGACGACAGGAUACACUGGCAUCAGAGAAAUCAGGAGGGACGCGCGGGUCGUACGGUUGUAUAUGGAGUCUCUUGAUGAGCAAAUAAAUGCUGCGGUAGCGCUGAGGACAAAGUUCCCCCCUGAAGACAAGAAUGAGAGUGAGAAUUUGCUGCAGGAGAAGAAAGGAAACAUGGUCACCUUUUUGGAGGGGUUGGAGGAGAGGGCGCGAGAACUCGAGCUUGCGCAACUUGGGCGUCCACACGAGGAUGCUCUGAGCCAGGCCUCGGACGCACCUCCAGCCUAUCCGAUCCUCGACGCCCCGCACCCGCCGUACGCUUGCACGAAAAAUAAUAGCGACGACAGGCCUGGCCCUCGCAAUGCCCCUCAGCGGUGCACGGCGCUCAGGCGAAGAGAUGGGAAGCCUUGCACGUGGAAGUGCGUCUCGGGCCAGCGGUUCUGUGCAAUUCACUGCGUCGCACAUCCUGCCCACGUCUUUCCGACACGCAUGCAGGAAGGUCUGCUAGAUGUCAAGCGAUCGAAAGUCGUGCAAGGGCAGGGCGAGGCGUCUCGGAAAACAGAGGAAGUGAAGCGCUACAUCGGCGGGUUAUCAGACAUGGAGACAGCCAUCGAAGAGCAUCAGCGGUUGUUCUUGUGCCGGGAUACAGAAUCCCAUGUCGCCGUCCUCCGGGACUUGAGCAAACGACGGACACGUGCCGCAGUGUUGCUUGGACAGCUCAUGGGACGGCAGGAUACCAGGACCGCCGAAGAGCAAGGGCAGACGGAGAGAUGGGCGGCAGAGUUCCUGGCAGAGGUAAGGCAGAGGGAUGCUGAAGAACGUGGUAAAAUGGCGGGAGAUAUUGUCAUUGGCGCGACCGUCAGUGGUGCCUCACUGUGGUUCGGUGUGCCAUGGGCGCGGAGCAUGAUCUAUGGAGCGGCCACGGCCUUGGUAUCGAGAAGUGCGCGGGAGAAGGCUGCAUGAAGGGCAAUGCUAUGUUGUCCCUUCCUAUCGGCCAUAGGCCCACGGUGAGCCUGUGAAGCGAGAAUGGUGGGGGUGAUGAAUGAGAAGGCGAACGUCACAAUGACAAUGGGGCUAGGAGAUGUAGUACAUACUGCUGGUAGCCAGGUUAUCCACGUCAGGGCCG